AUGCUCUAUUCUGCUUUGAUCCAGCUCGGGGGCAGCGGUGCUGCAUGGACGACUAUGAACAUCAACGACUGCGCAGCAGCUUUCGAGAUGCAACUCUCAUCUAUUGCCAUGCCUGAAACCACCACCGUGAGGCCAUCAUUCCGGAGCCCGUACCGGAGCCCACCUCCCCUCGCCUGUCGACGCCAGCGUUACUCCCACCUCCGAAUCCACGGGAGGCUUGGGGGUGUAGUCCCUGAUGAGGGCAACCAAGGCGCCGAUCCUUCCACUGGCGAGGAUCCAGAAGACACUGGAGCUACCGUCGGCGAUGGCUGCUCCGAAGAUUCUGCCCUACCUCUAGAUGAUUCCACUUGCAGCGUCACCUGCGAGGCUGGUGUGCUGAUUCCCGCCCCUCGCGAGGUAGCUGUCCAUGUUGAGACCACAAUUACAACGACAAUCACGGCCACGAUUCCCGGGCCUAGCGGUGGCUGUAGCUUGACUACGACAGCCAUCAGGACUCUGAUUCUUCAGGCCGUCGAGACGCUUACGUUGGAAUGCGAGCCUACCACCGACGACGAGCUGCGCACCGGUGUCCCCAGUGGUCCUGAAGGAGAGCCCAGUUUGACCGCGAGCGAUCCCGGAUUCACUCCCGAACCUCCGUCGGAGACUGCCUUGACACCAGAGAUUCCCUCAAGCGCCCAAGAAACUGCUGAUGUCCCCGACAUACCUGCCACUGAUCCCGCUCCCACGACUCCGACUACCGUCACAAGGUCACAAACUAUUCCAUCCACGGCUCAAACGACGCCUACUGAGACGACGACGGCUGUCAUCAGCGCUGGUGUCAGCAUCUUCCAUCACAGCUGCCGCUCCUACCUCCUAGCGACCCUUACAAUGAUUGCGGCUAUGGCAUGGAACUCUAUGGCAUAA